AUGUCGUUGUCCAAGUACUUCACCAAGCCAACCGGCUCCCGGAGCGGUUCCCCGAGGGACUUCCCGCAGUUUCCAAGGCUCGCCCAAGAGAUGCAAGGUGCGACAUGGGAGUUUGCAAUCCAGGCCUCGCUAUCACUGCAAAGAAUACAUUUCGACGAACCUCCUUUAGAAGACUACAAGCGCUCUCGAGUGCCGAUAAUAGGCGCCGGAGUGUCACUGCCAGCAGUCGGCCGUGCCUGCCACAGAGCGAGGCAGCUGGCGCUCGAGAAAUACAUCUUCCUCAUCGUAUGUCCCAGGAUCGAUCCGAAAAUCAUACAUCAACCCCUGUGCCGCGAGACGUGCCAGUCUAUUCGCCAAGUUGCCAUUUCCACCAAGGGCGGCGCGAUGCUGCCGAUACUGCAAGACGCCGCCCUGUUCCCGCAGCUCCGCAGAGUCCUCCUCAUCACCGAGACCCACCGCGUAGACUACAGACAGCUUCUACCGCUGUGGCGUAUCUUGCCAUCGACGCGGGUCCCAACCCUGUUUCAUCUGCAGGAGUUCCGCGUUUCUGCCUCCUUUUCGAGACUGCCGAUCGAGCCCAUUGACUUUUCGAUGCCCCGCGCAAAGAAGUUCCCAGGCAAAUGCGGCCCCGACGAGGUCGGGCCCCGGGCCGUUAACCUGAUGCGGCACGAAUGGACUGCCAGGCUCUCGACCCCGCCCCCGACUCCGUCCCGAGCUGGGCUGAUCAUACCCGAGCCCGAGCUCUCACAGCAGCGUGCCGUUCCCGAGUUCACUCCAUGUGUGGCGAUCCUGCCUUUGGUCCCCAAGGUCCAGUACGCGCGGAUUUUCCUAAUUCUCCUGAUCAUGACUGUGGUGCUUACAAGCCCCUUUAUACAAUUCUGGUUGUUAACGGUAAACUGGGAUGUCAGAACCAAGGUCCAUUCACUUGUCAUGACGCAGAUGAUUUCUAGCCUCAUCUUGUGUCUGCUUGUGUUUGUACUUAUAGAAAUCUAG